AUGGAUGAACCGCAAAUUUCUGUUUUGGAGGUAAUUAGAAAGCUUGGCAUAGUACCUAUCUACGGAUGGGAAGCUCGCUUUGAUCAUAAAUACAAAAUAAAAUGCCGUCCUUUUACCGUGCCACGGGCUUCGCAGAUGAGCGAUAUUCUGGGAAUGUCUUUUCGAUACGCUUUCCGGUUUUACAUAAAGAAGCGUUUUAUUCAGCACCGAUCGCCCUUUAUUGAUGCCGUUUCUCACGUGCCAUGGAGACCCAUAUAUGGCGUACCGAUUGGAGGUAUUGGCAGUGGUUCUAUCGGGCGUGGAUAUUGUGGGGAGUUUUGUCGUUCAAGCCUGAUACCAGGUAUGUACUGUUACGACGUACAACCUGUUGAUCAAUUCAUCGUAACAGUCCGAAAAAGCGAUGUUACUGUUUAUCAUCAAGUUCUGUCACCAUUAACGAAACCUCCAUCAAAUGCCAAAAGAUUAAAAAAGUGGAAAUGGGGUUUUGAUCCAGAAAACGGUCAUUACGUUGGUUUAUAUCCUAGAUCGUGGACAGUUUAUGAAAUACCUGAACUUCAACUUGUAUUAGUUUGCCAACAGAUAUCCCCUGUUAUACCGCAUGACUAUCAGGCAACAUGUCUUCCGGUUGCUAUAUUCUAUUGGAAAGUUAUAAGCUGGAAUAAUGAAGAUUUAAGAGUUACUAUCACAUUUUCAUGGCAUGGCCCUAAUCCUCGUAAACGAUCUAAAUCAAGUGAUGUUUCCAAAUUUGAGAACGGGAAUAACAGCAACGAAAAUACUGCAAAUACUCAUGUUUCCACUUCGGGAAAUGCUUCUCCAGUUUACUCUCAACGAUCCACUGCUUUUUCUGCUGGUGAUAAUGUACUGGGAUGCCUUUCAGAAAGAACUAUUGGAGGUGAACUACCUUGUUGUUUUGGUAUCGCAGCUAAAUCAAUGGACAAAGUCGAAGUGAGUCGGUGUCCAGGCUUUUGCUUUCACGAUAAGGCGUUGCACGGUACCUUGUAUGAUUCCAGACAGAAUCCUGAAGUUAGUGGCAAUGGUCACUCAGAUCUGAUAACUUAUCUUUCCUACACUAAAGCGCCAUCUGCUUCACAAUUCUGGAAUAAUCUUCAGUAUGGUCAAAUACCUCCCGAUUUUCAUUCAAUUGGUUAUACCGUGCCACUGGAUUCUGAAGCCAAGAAAUCACCCAAACUAGCAAUUGCUGUAAGCGCCACAACUAAUGUACCCGAUGCAACAUCGCUAAUAAUCUUAAUCCUAGUCAAAGCGAACUUGAAUUUGCCAUCACUUGGCAUUCUCCAAUAUCGAUAUGUUCGUUGGUUUCCUGUUGACGGAAUACCUGGAGCUAAGUUGCUACUAAAACAUGCAAUAGAUAAUUGGAGGCAAUGGGUCCAGAAAAUUGAGGAUUGGCAAAAUCCUAUUCUUAACAACCAAUCGCUUCCAAAUUGGUAUAAGUCUGCUUUAUUCAAUGAAUUAUAUUAUCUUAGUGAUGGUGGAACUGUAUGGCUAGAUCCAAUUCAAGUUGAUUGUUUUAAAUCAGAUCUGCUAAAUUGUAUACCACUAGACCUUGUACGAAGUUACAAAAAUGGUGUAGAUCUAGACCCGUAUAAGUUAACUGGUCGCAAAAUUAAAACUCCAACUACAGUAACUGAAGAUAUGAAAGUCGACUCUUGGGAUCAUCGUGCUAGAUUAUCACGUGAAAUAGGUUUAUUUGGAUAUCUUGAAGGUCAUGAAUAUCGAAUGUACAAUACAUAUGAUGUACAUCAUGAUGCAUCAUGGGCCUUAAUCAAAUUAUGGCCUAAAAUACAACUGGCUUUAAAUUAUGAUUGUGCCGAUUUGGCUAUCGCUGAAGACUCAACUUCAGUCUAUUACAUUUAUAAUGGGAAAAAGCUAUCCAGAAGUUCCGAGUGUGCGGUUGUUCAUGAUUUUGGUGAUCCGGAAGAUGAACCUUGGCGAUGCACUAAUGCCUACAUAAUGUUUCCUACUGAUAAAUGGAAAGAUUUGAAUUCGAAAUUCAUCUUACAAGUUUGGCGCGAUUGGCGUAUUACACAAGACCAUCAAUAUUUAUUGUAUAUGCUUCCUAUCGUUUUGAGAAUUCUGAGGAAGUCUUUGGUAGCAUGGGAUUCUGAUGAUGACGGACUAAUUGAGAAUUCAGGCUUUCCUGAUCAAACAUAUGACGUAUGGACUGCAAAAGGCUUAACUGCUUACACUGGUGGCAUAUGGCUCUCUUGUCUAUAUGCUACAUUUGAUAUGCUCUCUUGGUGUUUAAAAAGUGAUUCACCUGUAUAUGAUCAAAUAAUUAAUAAUACAGAUGAUACUCAACGUUCUUGGAGUGAAGUUAAAGAUGAAAUUCAGGCAUUAUUCACUAAAGCACGUGAUUCAUACAAUGCCAAACUAUGGACAGGUUCGUAUUACGCUUUCCAAACACACUGUACUCGUAGACGUGAAGUUAUUAUGGCCGGUCAGUUAAGCGGAUAUUGGUUUUCCCGUAUCACUGGAGUUCCGCCGAACUUGAUUUUACCCAAAAAUCAUGUAGUGAAAACCCUACAGACAAUUACGAAUUGCAAUUGGCAUGGUAUAGAAAAUGGUACUAUAGGUGCAAUUAACGGUUGUCGUCCAGUCUGUAAACCUGACCUUAGUAGUAUUCAGGCAGAAGAAUUCUGGGUCGGUGUGAACUAUUCACUUUCUGCUCUUAUGAUAGCCGAGGGAAUGAUUAACGAGGGAUUGGCUCUCGGCGAAAAAUGCUACAACACUAUUUACAAUCUUUACGGAUUGCAAUACCAAACACCUGAAGCAUACAUGUCCGAUGGUCGUUUUCGUUGUCCUGGAUAUAUGCGUGCAUUGGCUAUUUGGAGUAUUCAGCAGGCAUUAGAAUUUACCAACAUAUACAAAUGCUCAGAUGCUUCAAAAUUUAAUGCUACAUUUACAAACAUUUAG